CGCAGUUCACUCUGUUUGCCCAGUUUCGUUGGUUGACUUUUACCUGAGAGGUAGUCUAGUUUCGGUUUGCCCGGUGUGGAAAAAAAAACAAAAAAAAAACAACAACCACCACCGAGGUCCGGCCGGGGUCCAGAGGUGUCAAGACUUUCCUCCUCCCUCCCCGGACCCGCGGAGCGUCGUACGGGAUUUCUCCGGGAUUUUAGAGUCGCAACAGCGAGCAGAGCAGGAGGCAGGUGCACGGGAGAGGACAGGACAAGGGGGAGGAGGAGGGCUGCUUGUAUUUCCGUAACAGUCCUGUCGUCCACACCCGGCUCAAUGAUUAGAAAUCAACUGGUUGGCUUCACGGUGGUCGAUUUGUUUUAGUUUCAUUAGUAUGCGGCCGGAGUGCCCCCGCUGUUGCCGACACCCAGCCUGAGGAGCCGAUCGGAGCCCUGAAGUGUCCUCCGAGCCAGCUGAGAGACUCCUCGCCCUGUGGAGGACGAGGGGGAGGAGGCGGCCGCAGCAGGAUCAGGACCCCGGCUUCACAGGCUGUUGCACGGAGCCGCUUUCACGGACACUACGCGGACCUCCUCGCCUUGUGGAUCAGGAAGAUGAUGGGCUUUCUGCGCCGGACGUUUAGCCGCCGUUCCCGGAGCCGCUUUCAGACUAGAGAGGGGGACGAACGGGACGGCAAAGGGAUUGGAGAAGGAGGUGGAGCAGGAGGGGUGACCGGGAACCCUCUGCUCCUGGCCCAUCAGCAGCAGGUCGUUCACGCGCCCGCCGUGGUGACAGGGGGGGCGUCGGUCCACAUCCCGGCGGCAGGGACCGCGAGGACCACUAUCACCUGCCGCGUGCUGCUGCUGGACGGGUCGGAUGUCAAUGUGGAUUUGCCUAGUAAGUGUAAAGGCCAGGACCUUUUUGACCAGAUCAUGUAUCACAUAGAUCUGGUUGAGACGGACUACUUUGGGUUGCAGUUCAUGGACACAGAACAAGUCUCACAUUGGCUGGACAUGACCAAGCUUAUAAAGAAACAGAUCCGAGAUGGGCCUCCAUACAGACUGUUCUUUAGAGUGAAAUUUUACUCUUCAGAGCCAAAUAACCUGCGAGAGGAAUUUACAAGGUAUCUGUUUGUGUUGCAGCUUCGACAAGAUAUUCUGUCUGGAAAGCUGAAAUGUCCGUAUGAUCACUCAGUUGAGCUGGCAGCAUAUUGUUUACAAAGUGAGCUGGGAGACUGUGACCCCUUGGAACACUCUCCUGUGCUGGUGUCAGAGUUUCGUUUCUCUCCCAAACAAAGCGAGGCCAUGGAGGCAGCCAUCUUCGGCAGGUGGUUGGACCUCAGGGGACAAAGCCCAUCGCAAGCAGAGAUCUCGUUUCUCAACAAGUGCAAGUGGCUGGAGCUUUACGGAGUGGAUAUGCACUUUGUAAAGGGCAGAGAUGGAGGAGAAUACGCACUUGGUCUCACUCCUACUGGCAUCUUAGUGUUUGAAGGCUCCAACAAAAUCGGCCUUUUCUUUUGGCCCAAAAUCACUCUGCUGGACUUUAAAAAGAGUCGACUCACGUUGGUCGUGGUGGAGGAUGAUGAUCAGGGUCGUGAGCAGGAGCACACAUUUGUGUUUCAGCUGGCCAGUGCCAAGAGCUGUAAACACCUGUGGAAGUGUGCGGUGGAGAGCCACUCGUUCUUCCGGCUGCGUCAACCAACCACAGGCAAGGCCGGCCACAGCGAUUUCACACGGCUCGGGUCACGUUUCCGAUUCAGUGGUAAGACAGAGUAUCAGGCCACUCAUGGAGGCAGACUGAGGAGAGCCAGCACGUUUGAGAGGCGGCCGAGCAAAAGAUAUCCCUCCCGCACCCAGUCGCUGGGCAAAGAUAUCCGUUCACCAGCAAAGCCAUCACAUAUCAGCUCUCACGCCAGCCCUACACCCAGCCUACAUCCAUACCAACACAACAUCCCUAUUGGUAAAGAGUCGUGGCACCCGCCCCACCCUGCUCUUGCACCUCCAGUGUACCUGCAGCCCUCUGGACACACACCGCCACACAGUUUCCCUUUGAGCGGUCCUGCUUCAGACCAUCAGUUCAGUGUCGAGGAGAAUGAGACUUCGUAUUCCAGCAAGAUCCACCACCAUCACCGCCGCCACACACACACCCAGGACACGCUCUGCCACACGCACACGCAUAAGAACAAGUGUCGAGCCCCUCCCUGCCCUGCAGAUGAGUUGGACAUCUCUCAGUCUCUGCUCAAGGCUCUGGAGUCAGACAGUGAUUCUGCACCCUGGCCCUCACUGCACAUCAACAUGGACAACAAGGGAGAAGAGAAGCAGCUGUCAGAAAAAUCUCUGCACCCACCUGCAUCUCCGGCGAUACACCCUGACCAUCUUAAGUGUAACAUCCUUAAGGCCCAAAUGGAGGCAGCUUUCAGGAAGGAAGCACCAACGACCCCUAGAGGCAAGAACUCAAACCAGACCCUGAAUGACAGAUAUCAGAGCUCGUCCCAAGACUCGGCUGCGUCCAGUUUGACUGCAGACAAAACACCACAUCGGCAUGACCGAAACCUCACCUCAGAGACACAACAGUCAAAAUCCAACACAAGCACCGCCCGCCGAAAACGACUGGUCAGACAGUUCAGCUUUAACCAUGAAGAUGAGGAUAAUCUCCCAGAAGCACUUGCAGCCAUCUCUUCCCAGAGUACAGUGAAGUCAGGAUCUACAAGCUCAUUGGACAAACAGAUCCAGCCAUCAAUAUACCCACAGGCGGAUAAUAUGCCGGCCCUGGAGCUGGGUGGUCCAUGCUGUCCCUCUCCUUUGCCCUCUCCCCACUUCUCUCCUUCAUACUAUCGUAGCUCCAUCCCUCACCUGGUCCCUUACCUUGCUGAACAAAAUGACAGUGGAGAGGAGAUGAGAUUGGACAGAGAGAAGAUACUAAGAGCCCUCCUGAUGACAGAGCUCUGAGCCAUUGAUCGUUGACCCCUUUGACAUCUUUGCCAGGCACAGCCUGAUCCGGUGAUAAAUAAGGAAACGGAAGACUCAAAGUUGUUGCCUCUAAUCAACAUUUGUAUAUUUACAUAGAACACCCUGCAGCUAUAAAUAUAUAUUUGCAUAAAGGCAAUUGUUAUAUUUGCUCAAUUGCUAUUCAGAAGGACAUUUCUUUAUAUUUAAACUGAAACUGUUAAAACUAUAAUGGAGAUGAAACAGAUGGACUGACUGACUGACUAACUCACACACUUUACAGAUAAGGUACAGAUGUGACUGGUGCUGCCUGCAUGAUAAAUAUGUUACAUGAUAAAAUAUUUAUCUGAUUUGCUUUGGGGUUAUGAAUAACCAUUUAAGUUAGUCAACACUGUGUCUAAGCUAAACCGCGUUCAGACAGUGACUGUUGAAGCAUUGCUCUCUACAUUGAAAAAAGAAAACAGGGGCUGAAGUAAAAGUAUUUUUAAAUUUCAAGACAGUUUGUUCAAAAUUUAAGUAGACGCUGUAAUUAAUAAGCUGACAAAAUAGCUUCCUCAUGUCAUAGAUCAAUUUUGAGAGGCCAGAAACUUUUCAGCAAAGGAGUUUUAAUACAUUUAAUGAAGAGAGUAAAUUGAAUGUGAACUCUGCGUAACUACAAUAUUUACAGUCUAUGGUAGUUACAGACUCAAUCCAGCCACUAGAAGGAGACAAAUCUGCAGCCACAGCUCCUGUUGCACGUGAACACAUUGAUCCUGUUGUCAGAUCAUGGAUCACUUUAGCUAUUCUUUUGCACACAGUUUUUUUCAUCAUAAGCCUAAUGCACAACCAAUCUCAGAAGUCAUGUUUUUUUUUUUUUUUUGGAACAAAAGCUUUUGUUUUAUUCAUAACCCUGCUUCUUUAACAGCUUUAUUUCAGCCCAUGUUUUAGCACAACCACAUCUGAUGCAGCGUGUGUUGUGCUGCUGUUCUGUAUGUGUUGACUGUGUUUUUCCUGCCCCUGGUUGGGUCAUAAUAAAAGCCUCAUUAUCUGUUUGACAA